AAACCCAUACUUAAAGACCCAUAACCAAAGGAUUUCAUGUAGCACCACAUAUUAUAGUGCAUGAUCACACCACACUAUUGUGUCCAACAUUGGCAUACUAUAAAUAGGACCAACAAGGAGUACCAUUAACUCUAGGAAAUAUAUGCCCAAGCUUGCAUCUCUCUCUCUCUCUCUCUCUCUCUCUCUCUCUCGAUGCAUCUGCACACUUCCCAGUGGAAGAGCUUCUUUCCUACUCAACUCAGGGAACACCCAAACUCAUGUCAUUCUCUGCUGUUAAGGUUUCCCUCAUAUAUAUUACUGGUAUGAAUAUAACAUCAGCACCACCAUCUCCCAAGUUAUGAUUUCUUCUCUUCUUUUCCUGCUCCAGUGGUUGUGUACUGGAAAAGCUGCAUGCUUCUACUGAGAAAGGAUUCUUCCGAAGUGGAAGAUGGUGGUAGAACUGUGUAAGCUAUAGUUGGUAGAAGAAGAUUUCACGUCUUAAGCAAGAUUUGCUGGUUAGUUGAUUAGAGUCACAGAUGAGAGAGAGAGAGCGAGAGAGAGAGAGAGAGGUAACUUGAAAGCUAAGAGAACCUUUUAGAGAAGUGGAGAAGACUGUGAGAAGGGAAACCAAAGCUGGCGAACAGGUGGUGGGAAAGAGUAGAUGUUUCGGCGAUGGCCAGAAACGAAACCUGGAGUGAAAGCGGCGGCGGGAGAGGGUCUUCGCCAUACCUCCACCACCUCCUUUAUCCACCGCCUUCUUCCGCCCACGUGCAACCGGAAGAAUCGAAGGCGCCCCAGGAGACGAAACCCGAGCUUUGCCCUGACAACUGCGGCGGCAACCAACAGGGCGUCUUAGGCCACGUGCGCCGCCCCCGAGGCCGUCCCCCGGGCUCCAAGAACAAGCCGAAGCCCCCUGUCAUCGUGACGAGCGACAGCCCCAACGCGCUCCGCGCCAACGUGAUCGAGGUCGCCCAAGGAGCCGACGUGAUGGAGUGCGUGACGGAGUACGCACGACGGCGGGGCCGCGGGGUGAGCGUCCUGAGCGGAGGCGGCGCCGUCUCGUACGUCGCCCUCCGCCAGCCUGGUUCGUCGCUUUCCGGCGAAACGGUGGCGGCUCUGAGGGGGCGGUUCGAGAUCCUGUCGCUCACGGGGACCGUGCUUCCGCCGCCGGCCCCGCCUGGCGCAGGAAGCCUAACUGUGUUCUUGGCCGGAGGCCAAGGGCAGGUGCUGGGAGGCACCGUCACGGGGCCGCUGGUGGCCGCAGGGCCGGUGGUGCUGAUGGCAGCGUCCUUCGCUAACGCGGAGUACGAGCGGCUGCCGCUGGAAGUCGGCGACGAGAAAGCAGCAGCAGCAGCGACUGCGCGGGGGCAGCAACAUGCAGUGUCGCAGUCAUCCGAAGUUACCGGAAGCCGCGGCGAAGAAGGCGGCGGAAGUGUCGGCGUGCCAUUCUAUAGCCUGGGAGGGAGCUACCAGUUUGCAGGUGAUGCUUUCGGGGGGGUAAGACCACCUUUUUGAAUCCAUCGCGUGAGGUAUGGCCAACUGCUCGAAUCCAAAAGGACAUCAAGAAAGCUUCUUGAUCUGGUCAUGGGGACUUGUCAUCUCCGACAAGCUGUGUUUUCUUAUCAUCAUCAAUCUUCUUCGUCUGCUCUUUCUUGUGAUCGGGUCUUUCUGUGUGUGUACAGUCGCUAUGCUUUU